UCAGUUUUUGCUGCAAAGCAACUCUGUUUUUUUGAGUGGUUUUUGCGGAAAAAGUUAGGAGUAACUUUAUUUGACCAUCAAGCUUAUGGUGGAGUGUUAAGUACUCCUUCAUCCUUGACCAGAGGUUUCGGGUUCGAGUCCUAAGUAUGAAAUCACCUUUGUUAGGAAGCACUUUAUACCCCAAUGUGGGACUUCCCGCGCGAAUUCGGAUUUAGUCGGGCUCCAAUAUGUGUAGCGGAUACCAGGUGGAAAAUCAAAAAAAAAUGAAAAUGUGCAAACUCAAUUCUUGAGUUUUUGAAAGAUUUGACAAAUUGAGUUUGAGAAUCUUCGUCCAAAGAAAUAAGGCGGUCUUAAGUUGAUAAUGAAUCACAUGGAAGACAAGCAAUUGAAGUUUAAUCAACCUCUUCUCUCAGUUAGACGAAUCUCUCCGGCAAUGAUUUCCCAGAGAGAUGAGAAAAAGACAAUUGACAAUUCUUUUCGUGCUAUGACACAUCCUCCUCAUUUCAAAUCAGAACUGAAGUCGGGCCUAGUGGGGAAGCCGGGAACGGUACCUUUCCUCUGGGAAGAUAGCCCCGGAAGACCUAAGGAUGAGCGCGGACCACAAACUUGUUUCACCGAAAAUCCUCCUACUAUCCCAAAGCUUCCCCCUGGGUGGAAGUUGAGAGAUAACCAGGAUUUUGAAAAAGUUCUCGAAAGUACAAAGAUUCAAACAGGAAAUAUUCUAAAUGCAAAGCCGAGUUGCGACUAUCUGGAUGAAAAUAUAAAGAAGAUUGAGAGUUUUGACAGCUCAAAAGAAAUGACGGAGGAUAAGGAAAAUAUUGAAUCAGAAGAUGGUGAUGAAACAUAUUUGGAUGCCCGGGAUACACUUUCAAGAACUGAAUCAUCCUUCCUAAAUUGUAAUGUAAGUGGCUUAAGUGGAUAUGAUGAGCCGAAUGCAAAACCAUUUAGAACGUCUUUAACGGAUCUACGGGCUAAGGAUUUGAUGAUGGGCCGGUUUCUACCAGCAGCUAAGGCCAUGGCUUCAGACAAGACUUCGGAAACACCUUACUAUGUUCGCAAGAAGCAACCACCUGUUCGGGAUCAAUCAAGACAGAUAAAGACGGUAUUAAAUGGGGAUAGACGGCCUCAAUUGCGCUACGGACCUAGUUUUACACUUUAUCAUUCCCAAGCUCAUGAUAAUGAAGAAGAAGAAAGUGAUGAUGACUGUUAUGAUAAUGGAAAUUUAGCUAAUAAAGUUUGUGGACUGUUGCCUCGUUUUUGCUUGAAAAGUUCGUUUAGUCUUCUGAAUCCUGUACCUGGAAUGAGUGUUAGAACUCGAGUACCCGUGUCUCCUGUCAGUAGAACGCGAACUGCAUCCUCGUCUACUGCUUCUUGUAGCGGAACAGAGAAUGAGAUCAAUUCAACUUAUGCUAAUGAUCCUUAUGAGAAUAAAGCAAUCCUUGGAAGUACUACAGAAGCAAAUAAUCGCGAGGUCGAGUGCUUGGGCUUGCAGAAAAAUACCUGCCAAAGUUUUCAAGAAUUAUUGUUUGAUCAGAACAAUAGCAGGGAAGUAGAUCUGUCAACUCCUGUUGUAGAGAAAACUCUGUACAUAGAUAUUGUGCAUAAAAUGGAAUCUGUAGCUAAGAUAUCAUGUUCUCCGGAUAGAAAACCAUCUAACUUACAACACGAGGACGUUGAGAUACUUGAAAGGAUAAUAAAACAAAAACCAUUUGUAGAUUCUUCACUUGAUUCGUCCGAGAAGUCCUCAUUAAAGUCAUAUCUUCAAAGGAGAGUUGACUUCAGUCCACCACAUUCAGCGGAAAAUUUGAGCAAUGGAAGGGAGACGAAAGCAUUGACAGCUACCGGUCAAGCUCAAGACUGUUGCCAAGAGGCAAUGACCUUAACAAAGCCUGAGAUUGACGUUAGAGAAAAAAACAGAAAGCCAAUUUUAAGAAGAGAAAAGGUGGAAAAUUCAUGCAAAGUGCACCCGGAGUUUCUUGUUCCACCACCUUUACCAAAAUCUCCAUCAGAUUCAUGGCUUUGCCGCACUUUGCCUUCGUUAUCCACAAAGAAUGCACCUUCACAGUCCUAUAUCGGGACAGGAAUAAAUACUAAUAACCAGUCUUGUAAGCCACUAUCUAGCGAUCCCAAGUGGGAAACAAUUGUUAAAAUGACAAAGAAGCAACAGCACUUGUGAAAUUCUGAGGUAAAUUCUCUAUUUCUUCCAAUGUAUAAGUUUAUGUAUUCUUCUCUUCAUCUGAUAUAUUAUCUAAGUGUGUUCUAAAACAACAACGAACCCAGUGUAAUCCCCCAAAUAGGGGUCUAGGGAGGGUUGUGUGUACGCAACCUCACCCUUACCUUGUGCAGGUAGAGACGCUGAUUAUCUAAGCGUGUUCUCUUUUUCUUAAUUUCUGUUCUUGGAAUUUCACCAAUCUAUCAGGAACUCAGGGCCUUGAUACAUAUACAAGAAGCUCAGUGGAAGAUGUUAACGCAUUUCUGUAGUCCUUUGAUUGUUUCCCAUGCUUUCUUGUGCAAAUCAAAUAGUACAAUGGGGGUGAAGGUGAACAAUAAUUUAUAGUUUGCUCUAUAGAUUUUACACUUCCUUUCUCAAGUUAUAAAGGGCUUGUAACUGCCAACUCAUAUCCUGUAAUUACACGAUGGAAUAAGAGUUCUGUUGUACAGUACAGGUAAUCUUGAGAUAGAAGUUCAACUUAAUCC